GUUAAUGAACAAGAAGGAAUUUUAAGAAAAACCCAAACCACAGGCUGCAAAGGCAAAGCAUAUACAACUCUGAUGACUCUAUUCAAAACACUACAACUAUAACAACGGCCAUGGCUGCUGCAGUUUCCACUGGUGGGGUUGGACUAACUCUCAAGAACCCAGUCAUCAAACCCUCAUCUCUCUCUUCAUUUCUUGGCAAAAAACUCGCACCCAGAUUCAAACCCUUCAAUUUCACCGCAAGGCCGGCUUCAAGAUCAAGAAAUCAUGUGGUUUUGGCGGUUGGAGGCGAAAGCUUCAGCUUUCUACACGAUGUAUUUCUGGGUGUUGGGGUUGGGCUUCCGUGCACGGUUAUGCAGUGUGGGGACAUAAUAUACAGGAGCACUCUGCCCAAAUCCACUGGGCUCACAAUCACUGUCCCGGGGGUGAUUUUAGCUUUGGGAACUCUGUCUUACCUCUGGGCUACCCCUGGUGUGGCCCCUGGCUUCUUUGAUAUGUUUGUUCUUGCCUUUGUUGAAAGACUGUAUAGACCUAGCUUUAAGAAGGAUGAUAUUGUGUUGGGGAAGAAGUUGGGAGAGGGAUCUUUUGGCUCCGUUUAUAGAGUUUCCUUGGCAAACAAGCCCUCAAAGCCCAAGGAUGGUGAUUUAGUCCUGAAAAAGGCAACUGAAUAUGGAGCUGUAGAAAUAUGGAUGAAUGAACGGGCGCGAAGGGCCUGUGCAAACAGUUGUGCUGAUUUUCUAUACGGGUUUCUUGAGAGUUCUUCCAAAAAAGGAGCAGAGUAUUGGCUGAUAUGGCGCUUUGAAGGGGAAUCCACACUUGCUGACUUUAUGCAGAGUAAAGAAUUUCCAUACAAUGUUGAAGCAAUAAUUCUUGGAAAGGGCCGGGACUUGCCUAAGGGGUUGGAAAGGGAAAAUCGAAUCAUUCAAACAAUAAUGAGACAACUCUUAUUUGCGUUAGAUAGUCUUCACUCCACGGGGAUUGUCCAUCGAGAUAUUAAGCCUCAAAACAUUAUUUUCUCUGAAGGUUCCCGCACAUUCAAAAUAAUUGAUCUUGGAGCUGCAGCUGAUUUGAGAGUAGGCAUUAACUAUAUUCCAAAAGAGUUUCUUUUAGAUCCAAGAUAUGCAGCACCUGAACAAUACAUUAUGAGCACGCAAACCCCUUCUGCACCCUCUGUCCCUGUUGCAACAGCACUUUCCCCCGUUCUAUGGCAGUUGAAUUUGCCAGAUAGAUUUGACAUCUACAGCGUCGGUCUCAUAUUCCUACAAAUGGCGUUUCCAGGGCUACGCAGUGACAAUAGUCUCAUACAGUUCAACCGCCAGCUAAAGAGAUGUGACUAUGAUUUAGUGUCGUGGAGAAAGACAGUCGAGCCUCGUGCAGGCCCUGAACUGCGGAGGGGGUUCGAGUUGUUAGACCUGGAUGGCGGAAUAGGAUGGGAGCUGUUAACGUCAAUGGUGCGCUAUAAGGCACGCCAAAGAAUCAGCGCAAAGACGGCAUUGGCUCACCCAUAUUUUGACAGAGAAGGUCUGCUGGCAUUGUCGUUCAUCCAGAACCUAAAGCUGCAGUUCUUUAGAGCAACACAGCAGGAUUACAGUGAAGCUGCAAAGUGGGUUAUUCAGCUAAUGGCAAAGUCAGGAACACAGCAAGAUGGAGGCUUCACUGAAGCUCAACUUCAGGAGCUCAGGGAAAUAAAGCCUAACAAGAAGUCAAGUGCACAAAGAAAUGCUCUGGCAUCCGCACUUCGGCUUCAGAGAAAGAUCAUAAAAACAAUUAAUGAGAGUAUUGAUGAGCUGAAUCAAAGAAGGAAAAGCCUGUGGUGGAGCAAAUGGAUUCCAAGAGAAGAAUGAAACCUGUAAAUAUAUACAGAAUUGCUUUCACUUUUCUUGUUAAUCUCUGCCUAGUUUGACCAUAAAAUAGAGAUAUAGUAAAGAAAAGCUUAUUUUAAAAAUCACUUUUAAUUGUGAUCUACUUAUCAUUUACUCCAUGACUAAUGCUACCCACCCCACUAAUUUUCCCUC